AUGUCCUACCAAGAUCCUCGACGCCGCCGCGGCGGAGCUGGCGCCGGCUUCAGCUCUUCAGGCAGGCGCACUGCUACGGGGUACUGGCUUCCCCUGGCAUUGACCGUUGGAGUUGCCACCCUCAGCAUUGCGGCCUGGAUUUGGAGCGAAAGAAACGACGACGACGAAGAUGAUCGUCCCCAUGACAACGGGGACGGUCAGUACCCUCCUCCAGGCCCUGUCGGAAACGACUUCCCUCCGCCUGGCUACGGUCCCGGAGAAUAUGCGCGAGGCACUGGGGCAGAGGUGAUACCCGGGCAAGGUGCAUAUGACCCCAGCAUCAUGGCGCGCAUGCAGGGUGCUUUGCGCCGAACCCCCAGCCCGCAACAAAUCUUCGACGGUGCCAGCAGGAGAGUGGUGGCCGGCGUGACUGCUGCGGGUGCCUUUGUUGGUGGCGCUCUCACAUCGAUCCGGGAAGAAAAUCGAGGGGAAAACCGAGGCGACUUUGAGGACCACACCAGAUGGUCGGAGGAGGCCCAAUCCCGAGCGAACGAGCGAAGUCAGCAAGCGACCUUGAGUGGUUCUUUACCAGGCCCCGCGGCAGCUACCGGGCAAUCCUCGUUUGGCAAGAAGAAGACCGUCACAAUCGUUGUAUCUUCCGUUUCUCCCGCUGGUUCCGAUGAAUUCACCUCGGGACAUGCUUCUAUUCUCUCUCACCUUCCAGAAUAUGUUGACAUCGACACUUCGAGAAUUUUCGUUUUGAUCUAUGCCCCGGAUCUGAAACACGCCAUUACCCCAGGAAACGCUUCCCGGCCGACAAUGUCUAGUGCCUCUUCGUACUCGAACAUUGCUCACGAAGAUGCCGCGUCUUCCGGUGAACUUCCUGCUGGUGAUAUGGAUGCUGAGGAACUCGAAGGCACGACCCCCUUCUUCAGGACUUUGUAUUCCCAAGGCCAGACGCUGGUCGAGAAGGAUAGCAUGAUCAUGCCAUUCAGCACCGCGACUGGGUACGUGCACCUUGUGCGCCAUCUCUCCCCAGACCUUGUCUACGUUCAAGAGUCUCUUGCUGGAAACGAGGGUGACGCGGUGCGACACAUCUCGGGAUGGGUCCGUCAAGUCAUUGUCAUCGUUGGAGGUGAGGGUGGCCAUGGCGGUCUCAUUGAUAGCGAUGAUGAAUCCGCUCUAGCCGAUCAGGGAGAAAAAUGGUGGCAGAAAGAAGGCACCACCGGGAUUGGGAAACGGAUUGACGUGGUCGACGUGUUGCGUAUUGGCGAUGACUGGCGCCGACGAGUGCGCGGGUUCGACUAA